AUGAUGAAAUUUCCAUUAACUACUAAUGUUUCUUCUCCGCCAAGUUUGCCCCUAUUCGAUAUCUCAAAAUUUUAUAUUCGAAAUAAUUUUGCCAUAACAAUUGAUGGAAGCAUUCUAACUGCUUUAAUAUUUCUUUUUCACAGUCGUGUAAUCGUUUGGUCAUUUAUCAAUGGAUUAACAAGUGUUUUGGAUAUAGAAUUAUCCGAUUAUACUAUAGUUUAUUCUACCAUCGUAUUAUCAUAUCUUUUAGUUCUUGAUUCAAAUAAUAAUGUCUAUAUUUAUUCGAUUGAAACAGGUGUUAAACAAUGCCUAUUUAAGACGAUAUUUGAUUCUUCUGUUUACAUUCAUUCAUUUGAAGAGUCUUUUUACAUUCUCGACAGCUGUCACUCAACUUUAUCGAAAAUUGUAAUCACCGCCGAUGGUAAUCCUACAUUAAUAUAUCUAACUGAACUAAAAUUUGAGUAUAAAACAAUGAUUAGUACAGUUACUCAAUCAAAAUUAGCUAUUUUAGCUGACAAUUAUUCCAGCUUGGCUCUAUACGAUAUGGUCACUCAAACUCUUGAGUACAUAUCAACUGCAGAUCAUUUAUUAUACGAUAUUCGUAAAAUUUAUGGUAUGACAAAUAAUGCGACGAUUAUUUUACAUGAUAAUACAAAUCAUUUUCGUAUAUGGAAUACUGAAACAAAUGUUCAGCCUCACAUAAAACUAGGCUAUGCCGAUAUUUAUGAUCUGAAAACGGAUCGAUUUGUUAAAUAUAAGCGAAACACUACUAACGGAAUUCAUCAUCAACUCGUCACCUAUGAUCUAAACCGUAAACUGAGAGGUCAAAUUACGAUAAAAUCAAAAUGUGACAAGUUAUGUUUAAAUGAGAGUGGAACAUAUUUAUUUGUGAUUGAUAAAGAUACUAGACAACUAUAUAUGUUUCGGAUAGAAGAUGGAAAACAAAUUGGAAAGCUAUUUAUCGAAAAUAUACGUGAAAUAAGAGCAACGAAUGAUUAUUUAAUUAUAUCAAAAUCAAAUACAUUAUUAGUAACAAUGAUUGCUGAUCCAAAACUUGAAAAUAUUCAUAAAAUCAUUCAAACACUGCCAAGCAGAUCAGAAUCCGAUACCGUAAGACAAAGUUUACCUUUAAUAACAAUAAAACCAAAAGAUUGGUCCGAAUAUUAUUGCACUGAGACAAAAUGGAUCAUCGAUGAAUUUUCGUCGUCAAAGAUUUAUGAUGGUAGAAGCGAUAUACUAUAG